AUCCGAUUGGCCCAUGACAAUCCCUCCAACCGCAUUGCCGUCCCCCGCCAUCCAUGUGGGCAUCGAAGGUGAGCUGUCAAACAGACUGAUCAACUCCCGUCUACGUGUCUCGUGUCCGCCUUUGUGGUACUGUACAGAUCGACCGCCGUCUCCACCUUGCAUCCCCGAUGGACCUACUCAAUCCAUAUCGAUCUGCGCCCGGCGGCCUGCCAGGUACGUACGUACGUGAGGGAGAAAGGAAGACGCUAAAGGCACUUCAUCGUGUCUCUUCUCUUUUCUCUGUGUGUUUCCGCAUAUUUGGCCGCUUCGGCGGCCAUGGAGAGACGUCCUGGGCAGUUGGCCAAGCUGCAGGACGACGAUGGACCCCCACGACCAACCGGCGCGUCUAAUGGACACGUCCAUCUGUCCACCACAACGCACUUGUGGAUGUGAGGGACGAACACAAAGUUUUGGGGAUUCCCGCGCUCACUACAUCUCUCCCCCCCUGUGUGUGUGCAGUGCUGGAGCGGAAACUGUUGGAGGAGGAGGCCGCCAAGUUCGGCGCCGCCAUCACCUUCACUACGGGUGCCGCCCAGGACCACUAUUCUUUCCCCGGGCCGCAGGCCAUCGGUAGGCACACACACACAGACAGAGAGGCAGACAGAGAGAGAGGGAGCUGGGAGGGGGGACAAUACACACACACACACACACACGCACAUGCAUCCCCUUCUCUCUGUCUCUGUCUGUCUGUGUCUGUGUGGUUGGCUACUUUGCUCAUGCAGCCCUGCCCCAGAACAACUACAGCACCAUCCGCCACCUGCCGUGUGUGGCGUGCCUAAGAUGGCCCUGCCUGUGCUGCCGGCGUGUUACGUGCCGCCCCUGGGCACUGUGGAGAUGUUCAAGUUCACCUCGACGCAGUUUCCAGAGGCAGCGAAAAGUGAGGUCCGCGGUGUUUGCUGCAGCCCUCUUGUUAUUGUCGAUAUCGCUGCCCCCCACACACCAUGAGCGCACCCCAUUUGCGCCGCUUUAUCGCCGCCGCCAAGUCCGACCCGUCGAUGAGCGACGAGGACCUUACGGCGUUGUACGAGGCCAUCCCGUACGCGGUGAGGUGA